CGCAACGUAAUAAGAUAAUCCAAACAAACAUGGCAGCCUGUGUCCUACGACGAGGGCUGCUAUCUACAUUUAGCAAACUCAAUAAACAACACACUAGUCGAGUAUUAUGCGUUGACUUCAACAGUAAAAGCGACUUGCAGAGGCGUAGGUUAUUGUGCUCAACAUGCAACGUAUUCGACAUACAGCAAAAACGGUUUAUGUCAUCACGGCCCGAGGGGAAGGUGCUGGAGACGGUAGGAGUAUUUGAAGCGCCAAAGCAACACGGAAAAUAUGAAACUGGACAGUUGUUCCUGCACAGUGUGUUUGGCUACAGGGGCAUAGUGCUCUUUCCCUGGCAUGCCCGCCUGUAUGAUCGAGAUGUAUCACCACAAGCAGCUGAAAGUAAGCCUGAAACUCCUGGAGCACAUGGGUCUAAAGAAGUGAAAGGGAAAACACACACAUACUACCAAGUUUUGAUAGACACUAGAGACUGUCCUCACAUAUCUCAAAGAUCACAGACUGAGGCAGUUACAUUUCUUGCCAAUCACGAUGAUAGCAGAGCCCUUUAUGCUAUUCCAGGUCUGGAUUAUGUUAGUCAUGAAGAUAUUCUCCCUUACAACUCAACCGAUCAAAUUCCCAUUCAGCAUGAGCUAUUUGAGCGAUUCCUCAUGUUCAACGCCGGCAAAGUGCCCCCCUUUAUUCCCAGAGACACGUUGCGGGCGUGGCAGGAGAAGAACCACCCCUGGCUGGAGCUGUCUGACGUGCACCGGGAGACCACGGAGAACAUCCGUGUCACAGUCAUCCCUUUCUACAUGGGCAUGAGGGAAGCACAGACAUCUCAUGUUUACUGGUGGCGUUACUGCAUCCGGCUGGAGAACAUGGGCAGUGAGGUGGUGCAGCUACGAGAGCGCCACUGGAGGAUUUUCAGCCUAUCGGGCACGCUGGAGACCGUCAGAGGGAGAGGGGUCGUAGGGAGGGAGCCUGUGUUAUCCAAAGAGCAGCCAGCCUUUCAGUACAGCAGUCAUGUCUCUCUCCAGGCCCCCAGUGGACAUAUGUGGGGCUCCUACCGGCUUGAGAGGCCCAAUGGCACCUUCUUCGAUGUGCGCAUCCCGCCCUUCUCGCUCGAAAGCAAGAAAGACGAUACUCCCAACGGCUUCCUGCCUGGGCCCUUCACCUCACUGGCCUAAGGGCCAACCAGAGCUGCCCUGUGCAACCCCCCCCCCCCCCCCCCCCAACCCCACCCCCAACAUGCACCUCCACCCUAGACCCCAAAUUACACUUUUAUUCACCAGAUACAACCCCACCCCCAACAUGCACCUCCACCCUAGACCCCAAAUUACACUUUUAUUCACCAGAUACAACCCCACCCCCAACAUGCACCUCCACCCUAGACCCCAAAUUACACUUUUAUUCACCAGAUACAACCCCACCCCCAACAUGCACCUCCACCUACUCUCACUCUUCCCUAAAUCCUGAUCUCUUCUUUUCAUCCCCUUUUAUCAUAUCUGUUUUUAAAAACAAUCAGACCUAUUGAGUGUCCCAAUGUUUUUAAGCUAUAUUCUGAGCCAUAAAGAUGCAGGUAGUUGGAGACAGGCAAGGUACAAUUUUAAGAUGCACUUAGGAAGUCAUGUUUAAGACACACGAGAGGAAAGCUAUUUAAGAAAUAAAUCAAUUGUUACUUGACUAUCUAUGCACACAGUAUUGUUUGUUAAUAUUAGGCAGGUAAUAAUAUGCAACAUCAUAAUAACUUAUUUAUUUUGGAGAAACAGCACUUAUGUUCCAGUUAUAACAAUCUGUAAUUAUUGUAAUGGAUGUUGGACCUUUCUUUCAUCUGGAGUGGCAGGUUGAAGUAAACAUUGCCUGACCUAACUGCGUGUGCAGUUAUGAUGUCUUUAGUCAUGUAGUGACCUCAUAAAAUGUCUGUACGCAUUGCAAAUGGCAAUAGAGGAAAUUAUGGUCAGUCUAAGGAUUGUAGGCAGGACGUAGUUGCUCCUUUUUUUUUGCAAUUCUCCCUUCACCUUCUCUGUUUUAGGGUGCGUUCGUAAAUUGUCACUCCGAGCGCUCCAAGCACACUUAACUAUUUGUAAAUUCGGAUUUAUCGUGUGUUUAUUUAGAGCGUCACUCUCCGAGCGCUCAGAGCAUGUCAGAUUGAAUUUACGAACGCACCCUUAAUCUCAUCACCUACCCAGUGACUAGGUCUUUUAACAGUUUCUCUGAUGAAGCUUCAUCUUAUCUAAAUGAGAUUAUGUCAACACUAACCCAAAUAAUAGUAAUCAGACAUCUGGAUUGUGAUGUCCUUUACCUUUCACCACAUAUUAAGCCACAGAACAUGGCCACAGAAUAUCUGCAGAUAUUUAUAAGUGAAUGUGAGGGAAUUUGUGUUGUAUGUAUGUUCGAUUCUACUGUGAAGUGUAUGUGUGAAAGACAAAGCACCUCCAGGAAGAGACUACCGUGUAAUCUGAUGGACAUUGCAUUGGAGAAGUGCUGUCAGGAAGCCUUUUUUUUUUUUUAAAUAAGCACAGAUGAAGAUGUGCAAAUAUCGUGCCAUUGUUGGACCCUUAUGCAUUUUUUUCAAUGCAGGUUUAUAAUAUCUUAUAAUAUAUUUGAUUACAUUUCCACCUCUAAAAACCCUUAACCCCGAGGUUGGGAAGUGUUGCCACAUAGAAGCUGCUACACAAAUUACUCAGAUGAUAAUUUUCAUGAACACACAAUCUACCCUAUCUAGCCGUUUCAACUUUUUUUUUUUUGGCUUGAAAGAUUUACCGAUGGUGCUCACCUGUACUGUUUUCUCUCAGUGGAAUCACAUAAUGAUAGUAGUUGUUUUAACACCUCCGACUGUCAUGUACGGCCCUGUCAUCUUUGCUUUCUGUAGCACUUUGUCAGCCUAUUGAGGAAAUAUGCCACCAAAUGAUGUCUCCUUGAGAUCCUCAGUGUACAUUUUGUAAUUUAUACCUGUUGUGAUAUUAAUGUUAAAAUAUACAUGAUAUGAUUGAUGUAGGAAGUGUUAUAACCCCAAGCUGUUUGUAGUCUUGAUCUGCUGCUGUGGAUGGGAGCUGAUUCCUGUCCUUGACUUGGAUUGUUUUUUUUUUUUCAUCUUUUUCUUUUUUCUUUUUGUUUGUUUUAUUGCUUUAUUUGAUAGGGAAAUUCAACUGAUACUGAAUGUGUCUGAAAGAGAUCUGUGUAAGGCUCUUACGUUGAGUAUAAUAAAAUAAAUCAAAUAGAA